UAGUCUUUUGUCGUUUUUGGUCAAUUCUGCCCAUAUAUUUCUGACAGAACAGCCUGGAAACAAGUCUGCUUUUCUACAAGAAAUAUACGGGCAGAAUUUACAAGAAAUUACAAAAGCCUAAUUCAACCUUUAUUUCGUCGAAAUCCAUUUUUCUUAUAUCCCAUGGUUUUACUGUUGUCUGUGAUACAGCGUCCUCAUAAUUUGCAGGUGUAUUCGUAGGCUAGUUUUAUUGCGGUUAAAACUGGUUACCUGAGGUACUCUGCGUCUUGCAUUGUUUUAAUUUUUUCCCAGGUUCUGCACUGGCAGCAUGUCUCCCUGCGUCUUGCACUUAAUUCAUGCUUCUUGCACUAGUUACAUGCAUGUUUCGCGCGACUUGCAAUGGUUGCUAUUUUUCGUUGUUCUGCCCAGCUUGCUUGUUUUCCCGCGUCUUGCUCAGGUUGCAUGUUUUCCCACGUCCUUAUACACAGGUUCCCUGUUUUCCCGUACCUGGUUCUUGUUGAUGCGAACGGACUUGGGCCAUUAAUCAAAUCAAGUCACUGGUUUAAUGCCCCUUUUGCAGUCGGAAGACUGAAUUGUAGGAUACCUUACAAGCUGUAAUAAAUAUACAAAUACGCUACAUUGAUUUACAAGAUUGAUAUUUAACACUAACAAAAUUUGAGAAACGUUCAGUCCUUGCGGCCAUGGGCCUGCUAGAACUCCCUGAUCUUAGACACACAUUGGGAGAUAUAGGUACCACUCUGCUGUGUAUUAGUGGGUAUAAUGGGUUACCUCACCGAACCUUACCUAUAAAUUUAAUACACGAGACUGUCCGACGGUCAGAAUGAAAGGAUAAUACAGCUUUGUCAAGAGCUGUUUCAUACGAAAUACCAGGCCAAAUGAUGGAAAGGACCCUUUUUUGCACGUUCUCGAGAUAGCAAGCAAGAUACUUAGAAAAGCCAGCAAAGACAGCCGAGGCGUACUCUAGUAUAGAGCGAAUUAGCGCGCAGUAGAUAUCAACAAUAUCAGCCGAAGGAACUUUGCACUUCUUGAGUUGUCUCAGUGCAUAAAGCCGUCUGUUGGCCUUCUUCACUAUGUAGUAGCAGUGCACUGCCCAAGUGAGGUCCUCAUUACGUCAUUUUUGAUUUAUUGAAUUUCCUUGAUUUUCUUUCAGUGUCAUACUGUUCUGUUUUUUCGUUACUCUUUUCACAGGAUGGCGUUUUAGAUCAAGAGGAAAUGGUAGCACACAUGGAACUUUUCACCGCAGGGAAUAAAGGUUAUCAGUCUGGACAAAACAUCAAGCAAGAACUUUAAAGACACAGGAUCUCCAUAUGUGGACCAUGGUACAAUUAGUCAUUGACAAAAGAAUGAAGGCCUUUGGUAGAAUAGUUUACUAGAGCUAGCUGGAGUAUAUUACAUAACGAAAAAGGUUCCGGUUUUCGCUUGAAAGAUUCGUCAGCCGCUCUAAAGGAAUCACUUGCGGUCUUGCGAAUGUCUGUGACAUAAUGACGUGUUCUUUUGGCUAUGGGCUGCGGUAUACAUAGCCACUCCCUGUGACGACGUCGCUAUUUUCAAAAAUUGCUUACUAUGAGCUAAUCCCAAUACUCACGUUGCGAUUUUAUUGAUAAAUUUUACCUUUUAGAGUUAUUCAGGAAAUUGCGAGCAUCUAUUUGUUUCUAUAAUAUUGUUCGGUUUAAAAUUAUACUCUUUUCGUACCUUCCACGAAAUUUACCUUAUAUUAACUAAGUGUAGUGAUACCCUAUGGAGUACAUUUAAAAUAUUGACCUAAGACACAAUGACGAUUCUGAAAAAGAUAUAAUUGAGAGCAUUAACUCCGUUGAGCGUUUUUUAUAGAAGCGCUUAAUGACUUAAGUUUGUUUGACGUCGUACGCAUAAUCACGCUCUGUCGGUUAACACCGCCGCUUUGUUUUCUCAUAAUACAAUUUAAUAUUGGAUUUGCUCUCAGUGGGUUUUCCAUUGAGUGUUUAAAUUUUGCAUCGUCGCUACCGCCAUGCAACAUACAACAUAUCGUCGACACCAGAGAAAUAAAGCUAUCACCUUGAAUUUUGAAAACUAUGGAAACUACUGUACAAUAUAUACAAUAUUCUCUCAGGUGAUUGUAGAAAAUAUUGAUUACUUUUAGAAUCGUGACUGAAGCAUUUAACGCAAGAAUGAGUAUGUUCCGAUAUUUCAUCUAUUUUUGCAUAAUGGUGAAUUGACGACAUUGCAUAUUAUAUCAGCUGUCAUAUGUUUACGGAAGAUCGCACUUCAGCCAAUACGUUAAGCAACGUGGCUAAACGCGAGCGAAAAACGUGUCUUCUACUCUUACAAAUCGCAGGCCUCGAGCUUUAAACAUUUCAUCCUUUCUGCUUACUUUCUUACUGAAGAGCUCGCACGGAGAAGAUGAUUGGUGGUUUGAGCACAAUUGCCAUCAUGCUAAUGUGUUUUUACACAUUAAGAGUGCAUGCAGGAUGUCCGGCUGGAUUCGAUCUUAAUUCAUUUGCCAAGAAUUUGGAGGCUCAAAAAGCAAAUAAUAAAACUGAUGCGGAGAUCCUUGAGGAGAAGCUUCGGUAAGUUGUCUUUAGUUUCAAUCUAUUGCUAUUUCGCUGUUCUUAGUUUGUUCAUUUUGUCCAAAUGUUAUCAAAACACUUCACCAAGGCGAUGACGAUUUUAACCAGUAGCUUCUUUGUUUGUUUGUUUGUUCUGAGAGAUUCUUAACUUGAUCACCGAUCUUUGCUUAAAGCUACUUUUGUCAUUUUAGGCUUGUUUGUUGUCUUUCGGGUUUCAGUGAUUCUUGAUCAAUAUCACUUUAUUGUUUUAUCUGUUAAAGUUUUUUUGCGAUGCGGAUGAAAUGGUAUCCCAUAAACUCCUUCGGCCACUGAAUGCUUGAGUUUCCAUAAUGAUUUUAUUGAGGGGUGCAAUGGGUUAAUCGGUAACCAUAGACUGUUAAACCAUUUAGUCUUUAGACGUAAAAUUUGAGAUGAUGAUAAUAAUAAAAUAUAACCACAACAAGCCACAAUUUUUGGAAGCUCAAAAUUGCUGGUUGCGGGUAAUAGACCCUAAGAUAAUUUUUGUGUUGUUUAUAUGUUUUCAUUCUUUAGUUUUUGACCUGAAACCUAAAUGUGAUUUACAGUAGUGAUAUAAUCAUCUGUUAUUUUCAAACUGCGAGUUUUCCUUCAAAACUUUCUAUUAAUCGUAAAGGGCAAACAAAAUCAAUCCCAUGGAGCCGUAUGGAUGCGACCCUCUCAGUUAUGCAACGAUGUCGAUAUUUAAGUGCCCCCCGGCACAAACCAUGUGUCAUUUUUAUUGAUUUUUUAUUAUUUGUAUGUGUUAUAGGUCAGUAAUUCCCCUUACAGAUACGGACUCUGAUAAUAAAACUUCGGUCGAAGAACUUGCAGCGUUUACACAAAAAACAUUGAAAAAGGUUCACGACGAAGAAGCUAAAUUUCGAUUGGAGAUACUGGACAAAAACAAAGACAACAAGGUUUCCUGGGAAGAAUAUUUACAGAGCAAAGAAAAUAUUGGAGGUAAAAUAAAAAGAUCUGUUUUUCACAAACCCUUUCCUUCUAAGACCUUAAUCACUUUGCGAUGACCUGGUAACGAGCUCAAAUUCAAGAUGGCAGCAACCACUGCAUGAAGAGAUUUUACAUAGAAAUUAUUUGGCAAAACAAAGCCGCCAAAAAGACUUAAUUAGAAAUAGUGUUCCUACCAUCCCGUAAUGGAAACUGGUUUGUGUCCCAUUAUUCUCACUCUAGUCAGCAGAUGACUAAAAUUCAAGGUCUCUUGACCUCGAAAUUUAAAUGUAAAAUAACAGCAGAUUAUCAUUUUUUUCUCUGUAUCCCAAGCAAUAUUUGUCUAAGUAGAUCUCUUUUUACCCUUUUCAGCAUUGACAAAAUUAUCAAAAGAUAUCGAAUGAAGCCUUUUUACAACAACCACGCCACACACGGCUGCAAGCGCAUCAAACCAGUUUCUUAGUUUUUUAUAUGACAUACUUUCAAGUUGUGUUCCUUUUUUCCCCCUUAGCCUCUACAGAAGAACAAAAGAAAAGAAGAUUUAAUCAUGCGGACGAAGAUAAAGAUGGUCAACUUUCCCAGGACGAAAUUAUUUCCAUGUUUCACCCGGAAGAAAGGUCGCACAUGUACGAUGUAGUUAUCGAUGUACGUUUUUCUUCUCUUUUCUUUGCUUUCAACUUACUCAUAAACUCUGUUUUUCUUCUUGUUUUUACCUUUUUGUGUGAACCUUGUCAUUUAGUAAGAAAAUCGCUGCAAUGAUGGGGCCAGUUCACGCGUCGAACUUCACCAGGGACGAACCUAAUGGUGCUAAUUAGCAAAAUCUAUUUUUCACGCUCAUCAGCUUUAGUUUAGUCCCAUUCACCAUUUUCACAUCGACCAUAAUGCACUUUGUUUACCCCCCAAAGCCUUGCAUAACCAUUUCUACCUUACGCCGUAACUUCCGCAAAUAUCUCGGAGGAGAGGAGAUUUUAAUGUCUGAUGUGAAAAUUCCGCUAUAGGUUAUGGCUCUUGGUUCUACAUGUGUAUGUAAUGUAAUGAUGUGAGGUGAUGCGAUGCAAUGCAAUGUAAUGUCGUGUAUUAGAGGACAACAAAACGCGCUCUCUUUGCAUUAUGUAUGAGGAUGUUAACAGUAUACUAGGACGUCAGCAUACAAUGGGGCCACUGGCAGCCGCUAUCAGUCCAUUUAUGAGGUUACUGUAACCUGUCCAUAGCGCAUGAUAUAAAUGAUGCUUGAUGCGUGAUGCGUGAUGCGUGAUGCGUGAAAGGUAGAGCACACCGCCGGGAAAACUUCCCCUACUCUUUUUCAAACAGUAGUGUAGGUUUCGAUUUAGACUAAUGAAGAAGGAUGAAGGAGACAAGGCCAACCCUUAAUCAAUUCAUCUGAACUGAGACAGGGUCUCAAAUCACAGCCAGCAUGAUUUCACCAGUUCUUUAAAGACCCUUGUUGUUGAUCCGGUCAUGGUUUGAACUCAAGACCUUCCGCUCGGCAGACUGGUGCUCUCCCACCUGAACUAACCGGGCGGCGUUGGUAGACUUUUCCAUGUAAAGACUAACAGCUGUUUUGGUCUCGUUCGUCGCUUCGCUGAACUCUACAUGACCAUAAGUGAUGCGACUAAAUGUUUACCGUAAAAGUAGGCUGAAUAGAGAGAAGUGUGACGUCACGUUACUAUGGUAGAGAAAAUUUCUGGAUCGCAGCAAUAGAGGGUUUUUACAACAGCAGGAAAGCAAUAGGUUUACUUUGGCAAAAGAACAACUUUGCGCGUGCAUCACGCCUUUUUGUACAUUUCCUGGCUGUUGUUGCACGACUGCGACUUGAAACCUUCUUAAUUUCACUCUCCCGCUUUAUCGAGUAGGUGAUCACAACACAAAAAUUUUCUUUUUCUUUUUCUAAACUUAGAUGCGGUCCUUUCGGAUUCAACCCAGAAAAUUUCGCCAACAUUUGACAAAUUAAAUGAAGUUAAAUGAGAUCGACGAAGUUUGAAACAAUGCGAAUCCACUUUUUAAGUGACGUUUUGAUUUGUUGUCAUCCAGAAAUUUUGCUACCAAGGCAACGUGACGUAACGACUUCUUUCUAUUUGCGCCAUUCUCUCGGGUCUAAUCUUGUUCUUUCCUCGGAGGAGCGCGGGCUCAUUUCCAGAACAGCGGCUGGUAAUCGAGCCUACAUAAAAUGUUACCGCGUUUCAUUAAUGCCUAAUUUUCUUUAUAAAGGAAUAUAUGGAGACGGGGGAUAGCAACAAAGAUGGAUUGAUGACCUUGGAAGAGUAUAAAGGUAGGUACAAAUUUAGGCCAUCAGACAGCCCUAAACGCAAUUUAUAUUUAAGCAUUACGCUGCUAAACGUCUCUCGCUCGAAAAUGCCGUAAAUUGUAUUACAUGAACUGACGUCUUUAUUACUUAAGACACUAAAGUACAGGACGUUUUAAAAUACAAAUAAUAAUCAAAAAAAGAUGAAAAACUUAAAUCGUCAAACAUCUUAGGGCAAACAUAUGCAACCAGUGGUCAGAGGAAAAUAUUCCAACAACACCAAGCCGGACAAACGAUAAAACUGGCGCCAAGUCCAAUCGACGUCAAGGGCGGGAAAGUAUGCAACUUAUGAAAAGCGCGGAAAAUAGCAUGCAACCGAUGCUCGGGUACUUAGCGCGGGAAAGUGUAAAGGGUGCCGGGUGACCAGGUGAAAAAAUCAUGCAACCAUGCGCCUGCGCGGGAAAUGUGCGGUAGUGUCAGAUGUAUUUUAGUUUUGUACCCAGACAUUUAAAGAGGCUAUGUCGCGAGGGUAUUGCUCUUUUAUGUCAAUAUUGUGUUGAUGUUAUUAGUUAGUGCGUUUUCCUUUACAUAAAAUGCUCCUGUAGAGUUAUGAAGAAGAUAUCGAACAAAUUUCACCAGGGAGCACUAACCGUAAUAAUUCUUUUGUUGAUUUCUGUAGGCAUAGCAUUAAAACGUGAUAAAAUUGAGCCAACUUUUCCAGGUUGCAAUCCAUGUCCAUCCUUGCCAUCCGUUGCGACAGAGGACCGAAAACAGUUUUAAUGACAAACAAGACCUUUAUUUUGGAAUUCAAUAGAUGCGGAAAAAGAUUUAGCUUUAAACGAUAGCUGUAUUUUGAUAAAUCGUGUUUGCUAGAACCGAAAUUUCAAUUUGAAACAGAGUUCAGACAACGAAGGAACAUUUCAAGUUAAUGCGGUGUUAAAUAAUGGAACGAUUUUUUUUUUCAGCUAAGGUAAAAAAGGCGGGGAAAUCUGACGUAGAGGCUGCCAAAAAAUUCUUUAAGAUGCUGGAUAAAGAUGAAGAUGGAAAAAUUAGCAGAGUGAGUUUACUAUCAGACGUAUUACGAAGAGGUUAAAAAGAAAAAAAAACUGGCACAAAAGAAACUUGAAAGCGUUAGCAAGGAAUUGCGUAGUAGAGUCCAGCUACUAAAACGUUUGUUUGCUGUUGUUUAAUUGUGUAAAAAAAAAUUGUCGAUUCCGAAACCCAAUUUUUCAUGCCUAGAUUCAGUAAGAGACGGACUAUUAAUUUUUUGUUGACGGGAGGAGGGGGUUGAAAAGUUAUGAAAUAAAUUGUUUGCAGAGGCUGUAAACACUGAAGUAAAAAGUCUGCAAGUAAAAGAAAGUGUUUGCGGGAAGACGGAGACACAAAAAUUGUUUGCUUGCCUGUGAAAAUUUCCACCCCCCCCCCCGUCCCAAAAAAUAAUGGUCCGUCCCUAAUACUACGCAGAUGUGGACAAGAUCUCUUUUGUUUAUAUAAGUUAGAAGAGUUCCUAACAUACUUAAUACUUUUAACACUUAGGAUGAAAUUAAGGAGUGGUUGACUUCCUUAAACACCGCCUCCCAGGCCAAAAAACAAUCACAACAGCUUAUGGAUAUGAUAGACGAUGACAAGGUAGGAACUAUAAACAAAAGCCGUUCGGUUCUGUUAGAUACCUGCUGGUAG